AUGAAGGCUCUUAACCCAAUGCUGGUGACCUAUUUGGAAGUCAGCAGGGACCUUUGCGAGACGGAUUCAGUUCUUUUUGGCGCCACAGUGGCAGUUUGCCGUAUGAUUGGCGCCAAAAUUCGAAUGGCUGGACGCGCUACUAAAAAAAGUAGCGCCAUUCUAGCCUGGAGAAAAAGAAUCGAGGACCGUAUCGCAAAGGCCCUUAUCGGCAGACUGACAAGCUUCAGUUUGUCCCAGCCGGAUAUCACGCAGAAACUAAUGGAGCGCAUAGACGAUCUGAAGCAAAAAAUCGCUGCUUGGGGGAAGCGGAUUCAACGAUUUACCGAGAGGUCAAGGCGUUUCAACCAGAAUCGUCUCUUUGAGAAUGAUCAAAAGAGGCUCUAUAAAUCAUUGGAGCGACUAAGGGUAUGUGGAGCGGGCCCAAGACCGGAUCAGGCCGACACUAUCGCAUUCUGGCGUGGCUUGUGGUCAGAGCCCGUAAACCACAGCGAGGACCCUUGGAUGGAAGUUGUAGCGAGCCAGGGUGUGAGUAUUAUGCCUAUGAAUCCCGUCACGAUAACGCCGAAAGACGUGGCUGAGGCAGUCCGUAGGCCCCGAACUGGAAAAGUCCGGGGCUCGACGGGCUGCAUCAUUACUGACUGA